CCUUACGUAUGUACUACCACCAUACGUACUGUAGAGUACCAUGUCUAGCACAAACGAGACGGUGCUACAGUUAGCGGUACAGCAGCACAGUACUGUAGAUCAUUGCAGCCUCUGCCCACCGGCGCAUAUCUUAAGAGUACUCCAUAUCCCUAACCCUGGAUAUACCAACCCUGCUAACCCUUACCAAUACAUACUACUCUGUGGUGGUCUAAACACCCUGCCCCACACAGACCCGGGAUAUUGCUCACUUUAUGGUCAAAUAGGCUAUACUCAACUAGCUCCCCUGUGUCGUCGCAAUGGCUUAUGGAGUGCUCUUUCCACCGUCCUCUCAAACAAAGUCUCACAGAAGCCACGCCCAAAGCCACACGUCAAUGGUUUGAGACUUGAUCUACACCCAUCAUUCCCUUCGUGUCCCAGCAGCUGAGACCUCUCGUCCCAAUCACAGCUCCGCCCAAAUCAGAUGGCGAGACUCAAUCGCGCGGCCUUCACUCACCUGCUGGCCGUGCUCCUACAGAUUCUCCCCGUCACCGCUGUCCCUCCUACCGCUGCUCACGCCUGUACCAGCGGCCUCAAAAGCUAUGACUUUAUCAUUGUAGGCGGCGGUACAGCUGGCCUCGCAGUUGCAACUCGCCUCAGCCAGAGGCUGCCUAGCUCCUGUGUCCUCGUCAUUGAGGCAGGCCAGGAUGGGCGAACCGAGCCUGGAAUUAUUAUUCCGGGCAAGAAGGGCUCGACCAUUGGCACCAAGUAUGACUGGAACCUUACCACCGUCGUCCAGCCCGACGCCAAUGGUCGCGUCAUUGGCAUGACUCGCGGCAAGGUCCUGGGCGGCUCUUCGGCGUUGAACCUGAUGACCUGGGAUCGUGGCAGCAUCAAGGACUAUGAUGCUUGGGAGGAGCUGGGAAACCCAGGGUGGAACUGGAAGACUAUCCAGGCAGCAAUGCUCAAGGUCGAGAACUUCGUACCCUCGCCAGAGUAUGUCGGCGCCGGAGUCGGAAAAGGAGGUCUUGUCCAGACUCUCAUGAACCGCAUCCUGCCAACGCACCAGCUAACCUUUAUCCCGACCUUAAAUGGCCUCGGCGUGAAGGAGAACUUGGCCUCGCUUGGUGGACACCUCCUCGGAGUCAUGAGACAACCCACAAAUAUCCGCCUGAAAGACUACACGCGCUCAUACAGCACGUCUUACCUCGACGCCGCGGGCAAGAACCUUGUCCUACUCCUUAACACACGCGUCUCCAAAGUCAAUUUUGCUGGCACAACUGCCUCCGGCGUCACUCUUGAAGAUGGCACCGUCAUCUCCGCCGCCAAAGAAGUCAUUCUCUCCGCCGGCUCCUUUCAAUCCCCCGGCCUCCUCGAGCUCUCCGGAAUUGGCAGCCGCGCUGUCCUCGCCGCCGCCGGGGUUACAAAGGUCAUCUCCGACCUCCCUGGCGUCGGAGAGAAUCUCCAAGACCAUACUCGCAUUCAGUCUUCAUACAAACUCCUCCCCAACUUCCUCUCUUUCGAUCGCCUACGCAUCAAUGCCACCUAUGCCGCACUUCAGCUCGCGCUGUACAAUUCCAACCUAGUCUCCGCCUACGAUUACACCGGCAGCGGCUAUGCGUACCUCAACUGGUCUCAGGUCUCCACCUCUACCAAUGCCGACCUCCUCGCCCUCGCGCGCAAGUCCGCAGACCUCUCCAACCCAAUUGAUGCCAAGAAACUCUCCUUCCUCUCCGAUCCCAAGCUCACACCCCUGAUGUCGCAGCUCGAAAUCAUCUUCUCCGAUGGCUACACCGGCGUCAAGGGAUACCCUGCCGCCGAUGCCCCCUUGUUCGGAUCGGAGUUCUUCUCGCUCCUCGCUGUCUCCGUUCACCCCUUCGGCCGCGGCUCAGUACACGUGAAAUCGACAAACAUCAACACGCCGCCCACUAUCGACCCCAAGUACCUCCAUACCCCAUACGAUCUCCACUCCAUGGUCGUUGCUGCAAAGUUCAUGCGCACCAUCGCCACCACAGCACCUAUGUCCUCGAUUUGGACUACUGAGUACGAACCUGGAAGUGCAGUAGCCACGGAUGCAGAUUGGGAGGCCUAUGCCCGCGCUAACACGCUGAGUAUUUACCACCCAGUUGGCACCUGCGCGAUGCUUCCUCGUAAGGAUGGGGGCGUUGUGGACUCGAAGUUGAAGGUUUAUGGCGUGAAUCAUCUGAGAGUCGUUGAUGCGAGUAUUAUUCCGAUUAUUCCGGGGGCGCAUAUCCAGACGGCCGUUUAUGGAGUUGCGGAGAUGGCAGCGGAUAUUAUUGUUGCUGCGUGGAAAUAGAAGAUGGUUAAUGAGUUGUUACGGAAGGAGGGAGGGGGAGGAUGUAGAUACUUUACUUCACUGUUGGGGAGCGUAGAUUCGACGCGCAUUUGAGAU